AUGUCCAGAAGAACUUCUUCCAAGCCCUGGCACAAUGAUGCCGCUGGAUCGAGCUUUUCAGAUCCCUCGGCUCCAACAAUAAUUGCUGCUCAAACUCGGAAAUCGACUCCCAUUCUUAAGAAACCAUCGGUCGCUUCUGAGACCUCCCCUUUAAUCCCGACGGUGUAUCUCGAUGUUGGUCAACAGCGAUUGCUAUUUGUCAGUUUAUUUUUCGGAAUCCAAGCUUAUAAAAUUUCAGAAGCAGUUGGUUCGACAAUUGGCAGUGAAGCCUUUUUACUAAAAUAUUUAAUUAUAGACGCCAUGUUUGUGUGGGUUCUGCCUAUAUUCAGAAUCCCUUGGCUUACAUUCAGCAAUUGGGUGUCGUUUUUGCAGUUCAUAUUGCUUAUUAUUUUCAACAUUUUUCUUAGUACCAGCUCAUUCUCUUUGAGUCUUUUGAUUUUGGCUAUUUGGAAAUCUCUAUUUGAAACCGAAGUAUCGUUUUCAGGCAGCAAAGUCCAUCAACAGGACCAGGUUUAUGAUGCCAAAUCCCAUCUUCUCGGUAAAUAUACUGUAAAUAUUCUUCCUGAGAGCACUGCUUUGCUCAAUCCAGGACUGGCCUCGUACUGCGUUGACUCGGGUGCUUCCAAUUUACCAAUCUCGAUUCCUGUUCGUCUCAAUGCUACUGAUCCUAUUUUUGUUCAAUUGGCCAGAAUCGAUUUUGAAACUCUAGAAGAAACUACCUACAACUUUACAAGAAAAGAACUCAAGUCGUUUAAAAGCAGCAGUCCUCCUGCUAAUUUGAUUGAUGAGUUUGAAGGUCUGAUUGAGGGAAUUGCUGGCUCUGGCGGCAGUGGUAGUGGUGCGGGGUCUGGAGCAGGGUCUGGCUCUGGUUCUGGUGGAUCGGGUCCUGGCUCGGGAUCCGGUUCGACUUCUAGGUCUACUGCAUCGCUAUCUUAUCUCAGUCUGCCAGUUAGCAAACCCGGCUUGUAUAGAUUGAAGCAAGUAACGGAUGCAUCCAAUCUUGACGUAAGACUAUAUCGUUCAGAUGUGUUGGUGGUAUCGUGUCCAAAGGCAUAUAUCAUUGGUAGUGAAGCUAGUGAUGUUAGUCCUGAUAGGUGUAUUGGAGAUGUGGACACACCCAAGCUUGUAGUAGAUGGUGUUCCACCUCUGCGAGUCAAAUACAGUCGAUCUGUUAAAGGAAGAGAGUCUUUAUUUUCUGUCCAAUCUUUGCAACCUGACCAUUUUACCUCUCCUCUGUUAUCAGGCGGUGCAACUGGCAGUCGAUUUGUUUGGUCGAAAGGAGACUCGUUAGAUUGGGUACAAGCAAAGACUGUUGAGGUCGAUUUGGAUACCACUUUGUCUACAACUGGUCAAUGGGUAUAUGACAUCGACGAGGUAGAAGACGCUUUCGGUAAUAUCAUCAACUAUUCUGCCCUUCUGCAAAGCGGGAAGAAUUCUGCUCUCUUGUCAUCCAAGGGUCUUUCUUAUGGCUUUGCAGUGCAUCCUCGACCUCAAAUCAGAUUCCAAGGCUGUGAUUCUGUCAACCCCGUCAAACUUCCAAAAGGACAUCAGGUCCAAUUACCUGUAAGCUUGAUUGCUGAUGCUAAUGACGGUCCGUUUGAAGCAACUUUCGACUACUCUCCUUUGCAGGAUGAAUCUAAUGAGUAUAACAACGAAACUUCGGUCUUUAGUCACAAAUUCAACUCUCUUGGCGAGAGACUUGUAAUCAGUGAACCAGGUAUUUAUUCUCUUAGAGAGAUAUCUGGCAAGUAUUGUUCUGGAGACGUCAUCGAACCUUCUUCGUGUCUUGUUUUUGUGCCUCCUGAACCAACUGUGGAAAUAAAAUUCGAUGACAUUGAAGACAAGUGUGCUGGGCCCACUGGUGUCCGUGCUGAUAUCAGUUUGACUGGUAACCCUCCAUUUUCACUUUCCUACAGAGUUAUCAAGGAUGGAAGAAUCAUUUCUACAAAGACCCAUGAUAUUAGCAAGAGUCGAGAGCAACUCAUGUUCAAUCCUUCUGAAGAGGGCAAUUAUGUUUAUGAAUUCUUUAGUCUUUCUGAUGACUUGUACAAAGGUAGACCUUUGCAAGGAGAUCAUUUCAAGAAGAGCCAAUCAAUUCAUGUUCUUGCUGGUGCCUCAUUUGCCGAAAAGUCUAUCCACACCAGAAGAUGCUGCUCAGGCGAUUCGCUUAAGUUGAAGGUAGAUUUGAAUGGUAUUCCACCUCUGAAAUUGAACUACGAAAUUGUGUCAGGAAAUUCUCGUAAGGAGCAGUUCUCUGUCAGCGAUAUUAACGACAUGAGCUAUGAGAUUGAAACACCUGCACUUACCCAGGGUGGUAGAUACACCAUUUCGCUCGUUUCUGUUCAAGACAGCCGUGGUUGCGUAACACCAUUAAAUGAAGCUGAUAUUGUCGUUGAAGUGAGAAGACAGCGUCCUGCUGCAGCCUUCUUGCCUAUUGAUGGCAGCACGAAAGUCAAAACUUUAGAAGGCAGAUCAAUUGGACUCCCACUUCGUUUAAGCGGCAAAGCUCCAUGGACUGUAUCUUAUAAACAUAUCGACGAGGCAUCAGGAAUCGAGCAGGAUUACGUUGUGAACGUUGGAAACGCCAAUGGUGACGCCAUCCAUACCAACCAGAAGGGCAAAUACCUAAUCACUGGUGUCUCUGAUGCCUACUGUCCAGGAGAUGUAUCAGUCGAAAGCAACACGAUUGAUAUUUCGUGGAUAAACAAACCUAGUCUCUCCGUCGUGUCAACACCGUCACUAUCAAAGGUUGCAGAUAACCUGAUGUCCCGUAAGAAUGUGUGCGAACUGGAAGAGGAUGUAUUUGAGAUUAGUUUAGAGGGUAAGUUAAGCAAUUGGAGAGUGAUAACUGGAAUUUGUUAUGCAAAAAGUCAUGGAAUACUAACUGAUAUUUAG